CAUUUUUGCUAAGUGUAGACAAUAUGGAGUAUGAUGUGCUAAAGAUAUUACGGAGAAUUAUAGAAAGUCUAUCCCUAUAGAUAUAGAAAAGAGAAAUUUAGAGCUAGAUGUGGUGUGUUGUUAAACAGUGAAAUGAUUGACUAAGAAUUCUUUUAUCCGAUUUUUAAAUUACUACCGCUCUACACUACUAAUGAAAAUGGCUACAGAAACAAUAUACGGUACAAAUGAGGAAAGUCAUGUUAUGUCCGAAAAAGUUCAAUCUCUUGCAGCUACUGUUUAUAAAGAGUUUGAAAAGGUCAUUAAAAAAUACGAUGAAGAUGUUGUUAAAGAUCUAAUGCCAUUAGUGGUGGGCAUUUUGGAAACAUUGGAUGCGACAUUUACCGAAAAACAAGAGCUUGAUGUAGAAAUUGAGUUGUUACGAGAGGAUAAUGAACAGUUAUUAACUCAAUAUGAACGAGAAAAACAACUCAGGAAAGGUGCAGAACAGAAAUUCCUUGAAAUGGAGGAUACAAUUGAAGGAAUUAAGAAAGAAUUGGAAGACAAAGUAGAGACUCUUGAGUCCAUACUAAGAAUGUCUGAGAUCAAAGCUAAAAAUUCUGCAGAUCAUGUAAGUCGUUUAGAAGAAAAAGAACAAGAAACAAAAAAUGAAUACAACAAACUCCACGAACGUUACACUGAAUUGUUUAGAACACACAUGGACUACAUGGAGCGUACAAAAAUCCUGAUGGGUACAGACAAACUGUCAGAUUUGACAGGAAUGAGUCCCAGAAUAACCAAAGGAGGCUUUCAUUUACCAGGGUUACGUCCUGUUAGCAUGGCUUAUGGGGGCUUAAUAGAAUUUCAAAAUCGUCAUGAGAAUAGCCCCAUGCACUAUGAAACGGGGACACCUCAGAAUAUUGUAAGCUUAAAGAGUGAGCUGGAUGCACAGACACCUAAGAAGGUGGAGGCCACAGACAAAGAACAGCUUACAGAGAGUGCAGAUAUUACAGAACAGGCCUCAGUUACAAAAGAACCAAACAGGCAACUUAGCCUUGCCACAAAAAGAUCAGAACAAGUUUUUGAGUCUCAAGGCUCUGGGAGUAGAGAAGUUCAUAUAUCUGUGAUAGAUGCCGAAAUGACCAGUCAGCCCUUGGAGGCGAGAAAUGUAAAUCAGCCUGUCUAUAUAGAAGAGUCUUCCAGUGAAAUUCAGCGUACACACUUGAUGAAACAGUCUAUAUGUACAUUGGAACCAUCUAGUGAGAAUUAUCUUACAAGUACACAGCACUUAAUAAACCAGACCUCUGAUGCAUUGGAAACUAGAACUACUUUACAGACAAUACAUUCUUUGGAUUCUAAUGUUCUUGUAGAGCAGCCACCUGUAAUUUUAAGGACUAAAAGUAAAAAGCCUGGAGAAAUAAGUAGAUUUGAGAAAUAUAUGAGCUAUGAUGGGGACCAUGUACCAGUUUCCUCCACACCUGAGCUGGAAGAGGCCCGUGAUGACUCUGAGGCUUAUCAAGGUUUACUAAAUAAACACAAGUCUGUCCGAAAUGAUAACUCUAUAUUUGAUGAGCUGACUGUACAAGAUGCUGACAUUGCUGAAGUGGAUUUUGGUGCAGAUAUUACAGGGCGCCCUGUAAAUCCCGGAGAUUAUGCUUCCUCAGAUAGCAGUGACGAGCAUGAAGAGCAUGAAGAGGAGAAAGAAGACGAGGAGAAUGAGGAAAAUGAUAAAGAUUCGGUUGGGGAUAAUUUCUUCGGCAUGGGUAAAGAGUUGGACAAUUUGAUCCAGGAAAAUUCUGAAUUACUUGCUACAAAGAAUGCUUUAAAUAUUGUCAAAGAUGAUUUGAUAGCUAAAGUUGAUGAACUGUCCAGUGAGCAGGAAAUUCUUCGUGAGGAAAUUACUUCACUCCAGGCCGUGAAAGGUAGACUGCAGCUGAGGAUAACCCAGUUGGAGGAAGAAUUGAAAAAGGUCCGAGAGGAACAAGACAAGAAGGAGCAUGAACAGAAUGAGAAAGGAGAGGAAGAGGAUGACUUGCCAAUGGCCCAGCGUAAACGUUUCACUCGAGUGGAGAUGGCACGUGUCCUAAUGGAGAGGAAUCAGUACAAGGAGAGCUUGAUGGAGUUGCAGGAAGCAAUCAGGUGGACAGAGAUGGUGAGGGCAAGUAAAGAACACCCCGCAGAAUUGCCUCCCAAGAAGAAAACUUCUGUCUGGAACUUAUUUAGCAAAUUAUUCCAAUCCUCCAACCCAAAACGCCCUCUGCCUGUAGCGACUGUUAAAUACAAUGCGCCAACCACCCACGUCCAGCCUGUUGGAGAUCCCAACAAGAAGUCCAGAGAUAAAGGCAGUGUCAAUCCCAAAUCUAAGGCGUAUGAUUUCCUUCAAGAUGAUGUAAAAUCUGAGAAGGCCAAGAAAGAGAGAGAAAAGGAGCGUAGGGAGCAGUACAAACAGGUGAGAGCACAUGUAAAGAAAGAUGAUGGCAGAAUGCAGGCCUAUGGCUGGAGCCUCCCCACCAAGUUUACUACACACGUCUCCAAGGAUAUCCCAGGGAAAUCCCAGGUGCCAGUUCCAGUGCCAGUUUACUGCAGGCCACUUUUUGAGAAUCAAACAGAGUGGAAGAUUUGGUGUGCAGCUGGCGUUAACUUGACUGGUGGCAAGACAAGAGAUGGAGGUUCCAUCGUUGGGGCCAGCGUCUUCUACUCUGACCCUCCACCAGCAGAGAAGAAGGAGACUGCUCCCAAGAAUGAGGUUGAGAAACUGGAGAAUGAGCUCAGGGAUCACAAUAAAAACAUUAAGGAUGCAGAAACAGAACACAUGUCCAGUCUGAUCUGGGUCUGCACCUCCACCCAUGAAGCUAGUCGUGUGUCUGUAAUAGAUGCCAACAACCCCGGUGAUGUUCUGGAGACAUUUAGGGUGUCUGUGUCCCACAUCUUGUGUAUAGCAAGUAUACCAGGUGCAAUGGAAAGUGACUAUCCUGUGGCAGAAGAAAUACUUAAUGCUGAAGCUCCAACAAUGCCCAAGGAAACUGUGGUGACUGCUGGCUCAAGUCCUGGCAGUGGAGGAGAAUCCACUGGACUAGGUGGAGUUAGUUUUGUCCAGUGUGCUACUGGUGGUACCAGUCCAGUGUCUGCAUCCCCAGUUGGCUCAUUAACUGACACCAGAUCUGAUGAUGUCAGUAUAAAAGUGGAAACUAGUGGUGAAGGGGAAGAGAAUGUUGGGGAAGGUGUUGAUCCUCUUGGUGCUGCCGGCUCUUCAGACACUCUCCAGACUACUCAGGUAUUCCGUGCCAAGGGUUCUCCUGCCUCUUCUGGAUCAGGGACCCCAACCCACUCUGCCAGGCUGAGAGUCAGUGGCUCAGCCACUGACCUCAUCACAGAUGGCAGGGCGUCACCCACAUCAGAAAAUGAAUGGCAGACAGAAGCUGAAAAAAUGAGCAGUGUGCUGCCUACUAUGUGGAUGGGUACACAGAGUGGAAGCAUGUAUGUUCACUCUUCUGUAUCCAACUGGAAAAGAUGUCUGCAUUCUGUCAAGCUUAGAGAUUCAGUUGUUGGAAUAGUUCAUGUGAAAGGGAGAGUACUUGUUUCCUUAGCAGACGGCACAGUUGCUAUUUUUCAUAGAGCUGCUGAUGGCCAAUGGGAUUUAUUGAACUAUCAUCUCAUUGACCUUGGUAAGCCAAAACAUUCUAUCCGCUGUAUCACAGUUGUGGCGGGCAAGUAUGUCUGGUGUGGAUACAAGAACAAAAUCCACAUCAUAGAUCCAGAGAAAAUGUCUAUAGAGAAAAGUUUUGAUGCCCAUCCCCGCAAGGAGAGUCAAGUGAAACAGCUGUGCUGGGUGGGGGAUGGAGUCUGGUUGUCUAUACGUUUGGACAGCACGCUACGUUUGUACCAUGCUUACACCCACCAACACCUGCAAGAUGUGGACAUAGAGCCUUAUGUUUCAAAGAUGUUGGGCACAGGCAGAUUAGGAUUUUCCUUUGUACGCAUCACUGCUAUGUUGAUAUCUUGCAACAGGCUAUGGAUAGGCACUGGUAAUGGCGUCAUUAUAUCAGUACCAUUGUCAGAAAAUAACAAGCAGCCAAUGAUAACAACUAGUGCAAGUCUAAGUGGCCGACCAGGCGGAGCAAUUCGAGUGUACAGUGACCCCAACACUGAAAGUGUAACUCCAGGCAGUUUCAUCCCCUACUGCUCAAUGGCACAAGCCCAGUUGUCUUUCCAUGGCCACAAAGAUGCUGUCAAAUUCUUUGUUUCAGUUCCAGUUAGCACCAAUCGUUUUGGUGAAUCCACGGUGUCCCAGUUGUUUCUAGAAGAAGCCAGGCACAGAAAAGAUAUUGAUUUUGAAGAAGGAAUUCAAAGACAAGGGCUGAGUGCAGCUUCAGAUCUUUUGCCUUCAAGUUCUACUCCACCUCCAAAAGGGGAGGCACUUCCUGCACCACCGACAAACACCCAACUUAUUUUAUCUGGAGGAGAAGGCUAUGUGGACUUCAGGCUGGGUGAAGGAGAUGAUGAAGAGGUGACAUCAGCGCCCUCAAUCAUGGAUGGAGAUGAUGAUACCAGCAAGGCUAGCUCGCUAACCAAAGUUGACCGUAGCCACCUAAUUGUCUGGCAGGAUGUCACCACCAAAUACUAGAUACAGGGAGGAUAACUCUCUUGACACAUUUUGCACUAUUGUCAUGGAAACCAGUAUGUUUGGUUAAAAAACAUAGAAACGUGUGUUUUUUUCUGUUUAAAUUGAAAACAUCUUCUUAAAUAAAGAACACAAUGGUAUACCAUUGCAUAUAAUCUAAUUAUUUCCUCACUAAUAAUAAAGUUUCUGUUGCCAUUUGUUUUAACAUAUCCCUUUUAAAAAGUGCUGGGUCAGUUUGACUUUAAAAAAAAAAAGAUUUCUUGAAUAAAAUUAUUAAAUUACACAUUUUCUUCUUCUUUAGUAGAGAAUAUCAGUUUACCAAAAAAAAAUAAGUGAUUAAGAACAUCUUUUUUUUCUCUUUGAGGAGAAACUUUUGUGAAAGUUUGAUCAAAAUAUUUAAACAAUUUUUUUUUUAAAUGAUUAAUGUUGUAAAUAAAUAUUGAUAUUUAUUUGUAUAAGUCAAGCAAAACUGAGGGAAUUAAUUGUCAUGAUACAACAAAGCAUUUCAGAAACAUGAGUUUGUCUACAUUUCUAUUUCGAUUGGGCGAUACUUUAACAUAAUACAUCUGUUUGGAAAAUAGUUUUAAGAAAAUUAAAUUUCAGACAGUGGCGUCUCUAGGGUGUGCACUGACCCUCAUGAUGCCAUUUUUUUGAAAAUGUAAUCUUAGAUCAAAACUACCCCUGGUAUCUGAAAAUAUUAAAACCAGAACACAAUUUUCUCGCCAAUAAAAUGUGGGCUUCUUUAAAGUUUUUGGGUUGUUCUGUUGAUUGUAGUUUAUGUUCCCUUUCAGCUGUUUUUAUAAUUCAUUUUAACCAUAUCAAAAUGAUGUGGGUACAUUUUUUUUACAAGCUUGAAACAUUUCAAUGGAAAAAAAAAUUGUGUGUUGAAUGUUUGUGUAAACUUUACAAGGCAAGGGAGACUAUUGCUGAGUGGCAAAAAAGAAUUUUUUUUUUUUUAAAGUGCAAUUGUUUGGCUUUAAAAUGUGAUAACUUGACCUGUCUUUGUGUCUGUAGCUUAUUCAUAAUAAUUUCCUGGUCAAUGUAAAAGUAUACAUGUAUGUAAUUUGUUUACAUAGAUAAGAUAUUGCAUUGAUGUAUUUUUAAAUGCUGUAUGUACUAACUAAAAAUGUAUUGUGCAUUUGUAUUUAUUCAAGAUGACAUAAAUAUCAUUUAUUAUCAAAUCAAUGGCUGUUAAUAUAUUUUGAGUCAUUACAUGACUAUAUUAUUGAAGAUUGGGCUACUUUUUAUUUUUUAAAAAUCAAUUUUGUUUUAGAUUAGAAUGGAGUAUAUUGGUUCAAUUGUAAUUAAUGCAAAAUCUCUCUAUAAAUCUAGUUACUACAGAAAUGGUGGUAAAAUUGAUCUUCAGUUGUAGCUGUAAAAAGGAUUUUUUUUUCAAAUAAAAUAAUUUUAAAUUUCAAACUAUUUUUUUUAAAGCAAAGUAUUUACAAAGUGAAAGGUUUUUUUUUUUUUUUUUUAGUUGAAUCCAAGUUUUGUUUUUACAUAUUUUUGUUUCAUGCAUAGUUUUGUCCAGUGCAAUAUAAACUAGGUCACUGAGGAUGAGUCAUUUGCUAACCUUAACAUAGUAAAUGCACUUUGGAAAGGAGUCAGUCUGCGCAGACAUUACAAGUCUUAGUCUGUAUAUAGGUUUGGUGAUUCAGUUCAUGUGGACCUAUGUUGGUUCAGGCUUAGUGUGACUGCUUAAUGACUGUAUUUGCACAUCUGAGUUUGUUCCUAACAUUGAGUGAGAUUAUUUUGUAAAUACUAGCUGUCACAAUCCAUCAUUGGUUUGGUAAUUCAGUGUCAGGCCAGUUGCUUGAUUUCCUAUGUCACAGUUAGUGUACCGGUAUCUGAUUGUAAUUUCUUUUGUUUAAUCAUAUAACAUGAGCUAACCACAAUCUUUUCAAAUGGUCAUUAAGAUCUGUGUAAACCACUUAAACUGUUCUAAUAAACAGAAGAAAAAAAUGUCUAAAAGUCAUCAUUACUAGCCUUGUACAUAGAAAAUCAGGUGGAAGUCAUAAACCUGUGGGGGUGUCCUAGUUUAGUGAACUAUAUCUAUACAUGUAUUGAGAUAUUAUGCAUAUAUUUAUUUAAUACCCUGGAUUAGAUCACAUUGUUUCCAUUGUUAUUGCAAAUUGUUCUACUUUCAGGCAUGAUUGAACUUUUUGCACUGAGUUUUCAGUUUUGUAUAGUAUUUUCUGUUUGUAUCAUUAUGACUCAGUGUGGAAGGUUUUUCAGUGUAAAAAGAAUAGCUAAUAUUUUUCAGUAAUUUUCUGAGUAGAUCUAAAGGUGGAACUGUAUAUUAUAUAACAUUCUGUGCAAUAGCUUGUAGUGAACUAGUGACUUUGUUUCUAAAGGUUUUAUUUGAAAGGUAUUAAAUGAUUCCCUAAUCAAUGAGCAAAAAGUGCAGGGUCUUAUUGUUAAACCAUUUUCAACAAUAAAGUAAUAUGCGCAAUUAAAUGCAUACCCUAAUAACAGAUUGUAUGGCUUUCAGAGAUUCUAUAUGGUUAAGUGAACGACUAAAAGAUCAUUUCAGCAUUUCACUUGAGAAAGAAAUACCUUUUAAGCAAAACAAAUUUAUUUGGAUAGCAUUAGAUCACCCCCCCCCCCCUUUUUUCCAAAAAAAAAAAUCUACAUAUUUGUUGAGCUAAAUAAGAAAACAAAAAGUUAACCUAAUCACUACAAAUGAUUGUGUAUGUGUUAGUCAUUUCUUCUGUGCAUAAUAACUUUUACCAUGAUGUCAUUCCAUUACUUGUGCGUGUGUGUACAUUGAAUUUUGAACUGAUAUCUCUAUUGUGAUUGCUUCCUGGUAGAAUGUUUGGCUUGGCUCUGUGUUGCUCUGUCAGGCUUUGGUCAAAUGUCAACUUUUUUAAAAAUAGAUUUUUUGUUCUUCCAAGAUAAAACCUGAUUGAGGAAGCAUGUUCUCACUUUCUAUGUCUGUAGUUAAAGAAGAGCAUUGGUGAUCCAAAUACAUUGAAAUGUACAUCUCAAUCUCCCUGGUGGGAUAUCUCAUUGAAUCAAGUAUAGCAUUUCAGUUUAUCUAGCUUUGGUACAAUAGUACAUCUAUGGUACAAUAGUAUGGCCAUGUUACAAUAAUACAUCUAUGGUACAAUAGUAUGGCCAUGUUACAAUAAUACAUCUAUGGUACAAUAGUACGGCCAUAUUACAAUAGUAGGGCUCACAGAUUAACUUUUUAUAGAAACUUAAAUUGUAAUUCAACUGGGGAAUAGAAGUCGCAGACAGAUUACAUUUUGACCCCUUAUAAAAAAAAGUUUUCUUAAGAUAUGAUGUGCAUAUCUGGCAUGAGUGUAGUGCCUAGUUAGGAUGUAUGCAAUGUUUCUGAGUGUACUUACAGACAUAGUGGCAAGCUUUAAAAGCAUAACUACAUCAUCUAUUGCCAACUAGACACAGCAGUUUAGAGAAACUCUCAAAGAAAACAUAAGUCAUCCACAUUUGUUGAGGUCACAUCAAGUCAGAUAUCAAUCAUCACAAUUCUGUAGUAUCAACUUCACCCGUAUCCUAGACUGUUGGGGCACCACACAUGAUCUGUCCACGAUCUUUUUUUUAUUGCAAUUCAUGCAGUGUAACGAGGGCUAGAUUCUGUUGAAUACAAGAUUUAAAAAUAGAGAUACGGUACCAUACAUUAGAAAUUCUUUUGACAUUUGAACUCUAUAAUGACACUUGUCAUUGUCUACUAUGUCAUACAUUCUGUCAGAGGAUAUCUUGUAUUAAGAAAUCAGACUUUUGUCCUGUGCUGUAACUAUAAAUGUAAAUGAGAUUUGUGGCAAGCUGUAGUCACAUUGUCCUUGCCUUGCUGUACCUUGCACUCGCUUGAUUUAAUUUAUUCUGUAACUAAGUCUGGUCUUUGAAUUGUUUUAUGCUGCCAUGUAUAAAGUCUCUGUCUUAUACUAUCAAUGUAAACUCGUACAAAAAAUGAAAAACUUUUUUUUUUUUUUGGCUGCAAUAAAUUGAAUAUACAAAA